AUGUGCAACAAAUUUGUGGGAAGCUGGAAACUCAUCUCUAGUGAAAAUUUUGAUGAUUACAUGAAAGAAUUGGGAGUGGGAUUGGCAACUAGGAAACUUGGUAACUUGGCCAAACCUAAAACCAUCAUCAGCAUGAAGGGUGAUGAGGUCACAAUCAGGACAGAAAGUACCUUUAAAAAUACACAGAUCACAUUUAGGUUGGGUCAAGAAUUUCAAGAAACCACAGCAGAUGGCAGAAAAACCAAGACUGUGGUAACCUUAGAAAAAGGAGCACUGGUUCAAGUGCAGAAAUGGAAUGGCAAGGACUCAACAAUAAAGAGGAAAUUAGUUGAUGGAAGAAUGGUGGUGGAAUGCAUCAUGAAAGGUGCCAUAUGUACAAGAGUUUAUGAGAAAAUGUAA